AUGAAAGCAUUUUUUAAAAUAUUAUUUCAUUUUAAUCUUGUCCCAAAAUCUUUUCAGCCAUCACUUCAUUUCAAUAAAGAAAGUAACGAUGAAUCCAAGAUAAAAAUUCAUUUUGACCAUGGCACAACAACGUUAUCAUUUAAAUAUAAAAAUGGAGUGAUCGUUGCAGUUGAUUCCCGGGCUACAGCCGGUCCAUGGAUUGCUUCACAGAAUGUAAAAAAAGUGAUUGAGAUUAACCCUUAUUUGCUGGGAACCAUGGCGGGUGGUGCUGCUGACUGCUCCUUCUGGCAACGGUUCCUUGCUGAGAAGUGCAGAUUAUAUGAGUUAAGAAACAAAGAGCGGAUAUCAGUUGCAGCUGCUUCGAAACUCCUAGCAAAUAUUCUUUACGGUUAUAAAGGAAUGGGUCUAUCUGUUGGAACGAUGAUUGUUGGCUGGGAUAAGAGGGGACCAGGCUUGUACUAUGUUGACAGCGAUGGCACGAGGUUGAGCAGCGUGAUGUUCAGUGUGGGUUCAGGUUCAACGUAUGCGUAUGGAGUGCUAGACAGCGGCUACAGAUAUGAUUUGAGUGAUGACGAAGCUUACGAUUUGGGAAGAAGAGCCAUCUAUCAUGCAACUUACCGUGAUGCUUACAGUGGAGGCAUUGUCAGCUUGUACCACAUGAAAGAAAGUGGAUGGGUAAAAAUUUCUCAGGAUGAUGUCUCCGAUCUUCAUUACACGUAUCUAAAAGAAAAAAACUGA